AUGCACUUGUGGCUUACAAGCUCUUUUGGAGUGGCCAUGGUGGUUGUUGUGGCAUGGAGGUUGUUGAAGUGGGUGUGGGUGCAACCAAGGAGGCUUGAGAGGCACCUAAGGCUUCAAGGGAUCAAGGGAACCUCCUACAAGUUCUUUUAUGGGGAUACAAAAGAUAUGAAACAACUGGUCAAAGAAGCCAACCAAAACCCCAUCAGUAUCCAUGAUGAUAUCAUUCCAAGACUCUUACCCUUUGUUUCUAGGUCAACCAAAACAUAUGGUAAUAUUUUCUUUGCGUGGUUGGGGCCAAACCCAAUAGUGUAUGUCCUUGAUCCCGGUCUAGCCAAAGAUAUACUCUCUAGAAUCAACGAUUUCCAAAAGCUUAGGAAAAAAAAUCCCUAUAUUAAGUUAUUAUCUCAAGGAUUAAUUGAUUACGAUGGAGAUAAAUGGAUCAAACAUCGAAAAAUCAUCAAUCCCGCAUUCCAUGCGCACAAAUUAAAGUACAUGGCUCCGGCUAUUCAUUUGAGUUGUAGCGAGAUGAUGGAGAAGUGGCAGAAGUUGUUAGCAUGUGAGCAUUCAUGCGAGCUCGAUGUGUUUCCAUAUCUUCAGACACUAACGAGCGACAUAAUCUCACGCACGGCAUUUGGUAGUAGUUAUGAAGAAGGAAGAAGGAUAUUUGAACUUCAGAAAGAACUUAUUACUUUACUAUUGGAAAUCAUACAUUCUGUAUACAUCCCUGGAUCUAGGUUUUUGCCCACUAAAAAGAACAAAAGAGUGAAAGAGAUUGAUCGUCAUGUGAAGGCUUCAAUAAGAGGUAUUAUUGAGAAAAGACUAAUGGCAAUGGAAGAUGGUGAAGUUAGCCAUGAUGACUUACUAGGCAUAUUGUUGGAGUCCAAUCAAAAUGAGAUUCGAGGAAUGAGCAUCGAAGAUGUAAUAGAAGAAUGCAAGCUCUUUUACUUUGCAGGCCAAGAAACCACCUCCAAUUUGCUCGUAUGGUCCAUGAUCUUACUAAGCCAACAUCCAUCAUGGCAAGAACAAGCAAGAGACGAAGUUUUUCGUGUCUUUGGACGUGAAAAACCAGAUAUUGAUGGAUUAAGUCACCUGAAGAUCGUUACUAUGAUUUUGCAUGAAGUUUUAAGGCUAUAUCCUGCAGUAUCGGCAUUAUACCGAUUGGCUAAUGAAGAAACUAAGCUAGGAGAGAUGAGUUUACCGGCUGGAACUGCAAUCACAAUACCCGUGGCUAUGUUGCACCAUGACCAUGAGAUAUGGGGUGACGAUGCAAAGGAGUUCAUGCCUGAGAGGUUCUCUGAAGGUGUCUCAAAGGCAACUAAGGGACGAAUGUCGUAUUUCCCAUUUGGUUGGGGACCUCGUAUAUGCAUCGGCCAAAACUUUGCUCUGAUGGAAGCCAAAAUAGCGUUAGCGAUGAUUCUGCAACGUUUCACUUUUGUGCUUUCACCGUCUUAUUCACAUGCUCCUCAUUCAGUCCUUACUGUACAACCCCAAUUUGGAGCUCACUUGAUUAUAAACAGGGUUGAUCAUUAUUAA